AUGGCCACACGCCUCAGAUCGGCUGGUAAGAAAUGUACAGUGAUCGGCGGGUCAGGAUUCUUGGGCCAGCACAUGGUGGAGCAGCUCCUGGAGAAAGGUUAUACGGUCAACGUGUUUGAUAUUCAGAAGAGAUUUGACAAUGACAGCGUGCAGUUCUUCCUGGGAGACCUCUGCGACAAAGAGGCUUUGCUCCCAGCUUUACAAGGUGUGUCAGUGGCAUUUCAUUGUGCAUCACCAGCCCCUUCAAGUGACAACAGGGAACUGUUUUAUAAAGUGAAUUUUAUGGGAACCAAAGCAGUCAUUGAAGCCUGCAAAGAAGCUGGAGUGCAGAAACUGGUGUUAACUAGCAGUGCCAGUGUAGUUUUUGAGGGCACAGACAUAAAAAAUGGAUCAGAAGACCUCCCUUAUGCAAAAAAACCUAUUGACUAUUACACAGAGACGAAGAUCCUACAGGAGAAGGAAGUGCUCAGUGCAAAUGACCCAGCCAACAAUUUCUUCACUACUGCUAUUCGUCCCCAUGGAAUAUUUGGUCCUAGAGACCCUCAGCUGGUUCCCAUCCUCAUCCAAGCAGCUAAGAGCGGCAAAAUGAAGUUCAUAAUUGGGGAUGGAAAGAACUUGGUAGAUUUCACCUAUGUGGAAAACGUGGUCCAUGGACACAUCCUAGCUGCAGAAAAUCUUCAGAAAGACUCUCCCCUGUGUGGGAAGGCAUUUCAUAUCACAAAUGAUGAACCAGUUCCUUUCUGGGCUUUCAUGUCCCGUAUCUUGACUGGCUUGAACUACGAUCCUCCCAAGCACCAUAUUCCCUAUUGGCUGGCGUAUUACCUGGCCCUGUUCCUGUCUCUAGUACUGUGGCUGCUGAGUCCACUGGUCACCAUCAAGCCCACUUUUACCCCUAUGCGGGUAGCAUUAGCUGGAACGUUUCACUACUAUAGCUGUGAACGGGCCAAAAGAGACAUGGGCUACAAACCAGUGGUGAGCUUGGAUGAAGCAAUAGACAGGACUCUGCAGAGCUACCCCCACCUACGCCGGGCUAAGGCCUGA